AUGGACGCCGUCCGGAAGCAGCUGGACCAGCUCAUGGGCGCAAACCGCAACGGCGACGCCCGGGAGGUCAGCCGCAAGUACUACGACCGCGACGUCUGCCGCCGCUUCCUCGCCGGCCUCUGCCCCCACGACCUCUUCCAGCUCACCAAGGUGGACAUGGGCCCGUGCCCUAAGCUGCAUUCGUUGCAGCUGCGUAAGGAGUAUGAGGAGGCCAAAGCCAAAGGUAUGGAUAACUAUGAUCGUGAAUUGGAAGAAACCAUAGAAAGGCUUAUAGCUGAGUGUGAGAGGAAGAUUCAAAGAGCCCUUCAGCGUUUGGAGGAGGAAGACGCCAAGGCAGCUAUUGCAAUUUCUGUCACUGCGGUUACAAAGAGUAAAGAAGUAACUGAGCUCUCCAAACAAAUUAAGGAGAAGAUGAAGGAGAUAGACACUUUUGAUCUUGAGGGAAACACUGAGGGCAAAAUCCGGGCUACUGAAGAGAUUGAUAAGCUCAAGGAACAUAGGGCCGAAGAGCAGGCAAAGCUGCUGCUUGAAGAUUUUAAUAAGGACCGUGUUCUAUUGGUGAAUGCUCUCCAAACUGCUACACAAUCGACCACACAUUCUGCUCUUGCUGCUACUCCAGAUGCACGCACACAAGAAAUGAUUAACGAAAAGCUCAAAAAGGCAGAAGAACUAGGUGAGAGUGGGAUGAUUGAUGAAGCUCAAAAACUGUUCGAUGAAGCAGAAGCUCUUAAGAAGCUGGGUGCACGGCCACAUCCUGUUCCAGACUCUACAAAAUUGUCGGUGCAAACUACUGAUCAGAAGUUGCGCUUGUGUGACAUAUGUGGAGCAUUUUUGAGCGUGUAUGACAGUGAACGGCGUUUAGCAGAUCAUUUUGGAGGGAAACUUCAUAUUGGUUAUAUGCUAGUACGUGAGAAGUUGUCCGAACUGCAGGAAGAAAAAAACAAAAGGCGCAAGGUGGACCGAACUGAAUAUGACAGAAGAUCCAGGGAAAGGAGCACCGAACGUGAUAGAGCAUCAAGCAGGGACCGUCAUAGAGGAGAGCGUGGCAGCAGCAGUGGCAGGGAUUAUGACCGUAGAAGUAGCCAUGAUCGCUACCAUGACCGAGAAAGUAGAUAUGACAGGGAAAAGGACAAGGAAUCAGGGAGAUCUCGUAGUUAUGAUUCAAGGAGUCACCGAAGGUCACGUUCCCCUAGGGAUAGUUCUAGAGACUAUGAUCGACAUGGGCGUCAUGACCGUCGAGAUCGGCACUAGGUGCAGGCUUGUUUCAUUACAUUUUCGGAGGGUUCUGCAAUGCAGUCAAUGAUGCUCUCAUCAUUGAACUAGACAGUAAAAAGACCAGCUUGCGAGUGGAGGGUGAGGCACCUGUCAUUUCUAUCCUAGUUAUAUAUGUGCAUCUUCCUUUACCCCAAACUAAUGAACAUGACCUGGUGUAACAUAUAUAUUCUGUUAUGGUGUUAGCCGGUGUUGAUCUUAUGUGUGCAUGAAACGUGCGUUAUUUCUAAGUUGCUCUCCAAUUGCCAAAACAUGUCUGUUGAUUUCCUGAGUGUU